CUACUUCAGAUUCCCAGUCCUAAUGUAUAGCCACACGCCUAGGUCAGGUUUGGCUCCCAGAACCCAGGCUCCGGCGCUUUAAUUUUCCCACACUCCCUCCCUGUCUGUACAGCCAUACGCUUCAACCAGAGGACAAUUCUUAAAGCAAGCAUGAAGAGCAGGAAAACAGGGCCAAGAGUCCUGGAGGCCUCGAUGAGAUCUUUCGCUCCACCGCUUGGGUGGCUUCAGAACCCAGCAGCCGAAGCUCUGCAGCAGGUGGGGACCCGCCUGCGCCCUCGGGACGUCCCCACAGUGUCAAUGUACUCCUACCAGUCCUCGAGGCCACCCCCGCCUGAGCGGGAGGCACAGCAGUUCAGCAAACCUACCUGCGGGGUCAGGGCGCGGGCAUCGAGCUCUGAGAGUGUGCAAACUGAAUCUUGCUUUCGGGAGAGACUGAUCUGUCUCUCUGACUUUUUUUUUUUAAUCUCCUUCGGAGCUCAGCCCCCAAAACCACAAACUUCACUUCCUGAGCGUUAGAGGCGCUCACUAGCCUUCUCAGCCCCAGCCCCAUCCCCCAGUGGGACAGCGGGCCACGAGCCUCCUUUGCGCAAGGGGUCAGGAGGUGACAGGAGGGGAGGGGUUAUCCUUGCCAACUCCCUGGGCACCCCUGAGCAGCCCCCAAUUUGUUUGUCUGUGGAAUCGCGGGGCUAUCUAUAGAGUCCCCGGGAUGUCUGAGAACUCAGCACUAGAAAUGACUAGAAAGAAAAUCGAAGUAUUCUUGGCUCCUGGAGACUUCCGCAGCGAGAAGUCACAGAUUCAGGACACAGAUUGACAGGAGCUGCGGGCGCUGGUAGCAGGCAGCUCACAUGGCUCCCGUGGGCACCCCAAUCCUGUCGACUGUUUGGGCAGCAUCGCUCCCCGAUCGCAGCCGUGAAUCACCGGGCCCCGGUGCCACCGGCCUGGAGUCCGGCCACUGGCCACCGCGUCCGCAGAAAGAAACCUGCGCCUCGGCCCCCGAAAUAACUUGUUGUGGAAACACUUGAGGAUAAAUACGCCCAACGAAGCUGAAAAUACCUUGACACCCAAUCCCAGAGGUUUGCUCAUUUCCCUUCGGAUUUAGGUAACGGUUAAAUUUGGAAGAGGUGGGCGAGCGUCGAGCCCGGCGAACAAGGGCCGGGCUGGUGGCGCGUCCCUCGGGCGCCGGCGGCAUCGGUGGGCGCGUCCUCCCCACCCGGCCCCCACCUCGCGCUCGCUUCCGGUGGUCGGAGCUGGGAAAUUAAAGGCGACUUCGGAGCUGCGGCUCAGCUGAGUCUUGCUUGGUCCAGGCUGGGGUGGGCUGGGAGGGGUGGCGCCUGGGGCCGCAGCAGGGUACGGGGCCAUGUGGACUUUUGGCGUCAUUGCAAAAUGAAGGCUUCAGAAUAAUGCCCACCGUGGUCUUGCCCUCAAUGGAGGCGUGGGAUUAACACUAUUGAUGGCAGGGCGGGGAGAGGAGCUCAAACCUCACUCUUCUGCAAAUAAAAAAUCCAACCACU